AUGAAGUGCAGCAUCCGCGGGGCCUGCGCCGCGCUCUCCUCCUGCCUCCUGCUCGCCUGCGCGCUCAGUGCCGCCGCCGUCGGCCUCAAGUGCUUCUCGCUGGGCUCGGAGCUGCGCGGGGAGCCGUUCCGGCUGGGGGCGGCCGCCGGCGCCUUCUACUCGGGGCUGCUGCUGGCCGCCGGCCUCUCGCUGCUCGGCGCCGCCCUGCUCUGCUGCGGGCCCCGGGACGCCCCCCUCGCGGGGCCGGGGCCGGGCCCGGGCCCGGGGCUCGGGGUCCCCGCGGCCCCAGCAGGGGCUCCGGAGGCUGCGCCGGGCGAGCCGGGGAGCGCAGCCGGGUCCUCGGGGCGGGUGAACAGCCAGAACCUGCUCCUGCUUGGCGUUCUCGUCUUCAUGCUUGGGGUCCUCAGCGCCUUCGCGGGCGCCGUGAUCGACGGCGACACCGUGUCCCUAGUGGAACGCAAGUACUCCCACUACUGCCUGCCCCCGCGGGCGCCGGCUGCGGCCCCCGGCCCGGCCCCGGGCACUGCGGCCGCGGCCUCCGGCGCGCCGCGCGGCCGCAGCACCCUGGACAGCGCCACGUCCGCCAAGUGCCGCCAGCUGAAGGACUACCAGCGCGGCCUGGUGCUUUCCACCGUCUUCAACUCGCUCGAGUGCCUCCUGGGCCUGCUCAGCCUCCUGCUGGUCAAGAACUACAAGUCUUCGCAGGCCCGGCGCGGCCGGCGCGGCCGGCGGAAGGGAGGCCGGGCCCUGGCGCGUCCCCGCGGCGGCCCGGGGUUCCGUGCGCAGCCGCCAGCCUCCCGGGCGCGGCGGGGCCGACGGGGCCGGCGGGGGCGGAGGCUGCAGCAGCGGCCGAGCGAGGCUUCCAUCCUGUCCCCGGAGGAGUCGGACUUCGCCGCCCCGGGGGACUGCGCGGGCUUCGCGGCGCGCCACUCGGUCUCCUACAUCAACGUGGGCGUCUUCCACGCGUUUGACGAGGCGGGCGUGGAGGUGUGCUGCGGGGGGCACCCGUCUGUGGAGCUGCCGGGGUACGCGCCCUCGGACCCCGACCUCAACGCCUCCUACCCCUACUGCUGCCGGCCGCCCUGCGAGGCGGCGCGCCCCUGGGAGCCGAGCCGGGCCUGCUGA